CGUCAACACCUAUCUGCAUUCCUCUUACAUCUGAAAGUUUCCUUUUCCCAUGCGUCUUCCAGCUGGCAGUAGAUGCUGUUUAUUGAUCGCUUGCCGAGAAGGAUGCGAUACGAUAGCUCCAUCUAUAGCUAUGUCAUUCGUAGAGAAUCGCACCGGAUCGAAAACGAAACGUUUAGUCUCUUUACUGCAAAAAGGAAUGUUGCUUCUGAUUACUGUGGGCAUUCUUGUCACGAUCUUCGAUCUCCUAACCUUCAAAGGUCUCCGCAGCGAGCAUCUUCAGAUAGCAAACGAGUCUCAUCGUUGGAAAAGAUUAUCGGACACCUGUAGUGGUAAGGAACCUCUUUUGGAACUAGUCACUCAAGCCGUUGGAAAUGUUUCUAUGGCACAAGCUUAUAUUCAGGACAACUGCAGAGCUUUGCCGACGUGGAAAGGCGUCAGCAACUUGUACGGACCUACGCCCGUCAUUCUAGGUCUAGAGCACUGUGAAGACUUUCGCAGCAACCUUAAUCAAGCGAAACCGCUCGGUGGCCUGAAAAUUGCGGGCUUCUUCAACUCGGGUACCAAUGCUAUGGCACGAACGCUUAUGGAAAAUUUGAACGACGGAAAAUAUGGUAGCCGUGCGACUUUGGAGUCUACUAUUAGAGCGCAGGGAGUUGUGACUCAAGUACCUUGGGGCAAGCAUCGGUGGAUCUUGGCAGAUGAACUGGCUCGCUUGUCUCAGCCUGAUAUUCUACCCGUGGUAGUGGUACGUGAUCCGUACCGAUGGAUGCAGUCAAUGUGCAAGUCAACGUACACUUUAGUCUGGGAUCGGGGACUUGCGAAUCAUUGUCCAAAUCUUGUGCCGUCCAACAAUAAAGAGAUGGAGAUGAAUGGAAACCGCUCUUCUUUUUCGGUGCAAUUGACGCAAAGUGUCACCAGCACUCACCAUUCGUUGGCGUCAUUGUGGUCCUCUUGGUACGGAUCGUACUUCCGCUCAAGUUCUCCGCGGCUAAUUGUUCGCAUGGAAGAUUUAGUGUUCCACGGGCCGGAACUUGUGCGUCGAUUGAGCGACUGUGUUGGAAUAGACCGUGUUCAGCCCUUCGUGUUUCUUACCGAAGCUGCCAAAGAUCACGGCCGGUCAACCGACUUGUUGACAGCCAUAGUCAAAUAUGGUAGUUCGGAAGGGCGUUACAUGUCUAGCACACUAGGUAGUAGAGCUGGCCAGGGUCCGACCCUGCGAGGAGAAAAAAUCAGAGGAAUGGUGAACGAAACGUCUUCCCUCCUUCGUCCCGCUGACAUUUCGGGUUCCGGCCCCGAGAGACAGACGACUGGACACGAUCCCAUCAAACCUACAAAAAAGAGGAAUCUCACCCUUGACGAUUUUCAGCAGAGCUCUCAAAGCGGAUUCCCCCCAGCAACAGUACUACUUGCGCUGUCGACAAUUAUCUUGCUCGCAUGCGGCUUGCGAUACUAUCCCACAUCCCAGCAGCAACGACAGGUUUCUGUGGCCUUUCUCGGAAAUUCCAUGUUUUAUUUCAACGAUUUUCCGCGCUUCCUUGUUGAGUUAUCGGACAAUGGCAUUCGUCAAGAUUCUUGCUUGCAUGGCGGGGCCAGUAUCCCCAGUUUGGUACAACAAGGCAACGGAAUGUUUCCACAGUUUCAGACACCAGCCGCGAUUUACGCCCAAUCAUCGGACGGCUCUCCUAUCUUUGACUACGGUGCAUGCUCGGCGAAAAUGCUGUUGACGGGGACUAGCAUUUACACUCCUGAACAGUACGAACGUUUCAACGAGACGGAUGGGAUGGUCAAGAACCCUUGUCGAGAAGAUUUAGUCUUCACCAGUUACAUCGAGAAAUACUACGCCACCAACAAGCCAAACUGGGAUUACAUCCUCAUCAACGAUAAUACUCGCAAUCCAGCUCGCGGCUCGACGCGCCAAGCUUCGUUGCAAACCUUGCAACAUUUCUAUAUUCCGUGGCUCCACAAAACUGGAGCGACGCCAGUCUUUCUGUGGACACACGCAUACUCGGUCGAGUCCACACCUAAACGCAACAUGACGGGUCUAGACGAUGUGGCAAAUUUCACCUCUUUGACAGGCGCUGGAUACCGCGCUUACGCGGAAUUCUUGCAAGCCCACUUGCCGCCAACCCAGAAGCCACGAAUCGCACCAAGUGGACUCGCCUUUUUGACGGUCUACGAAGAAAAUUUGGAGAUGUGGAAGAAACUCUUUCACAACGCCGACCAUCUGCAUGCCUCACCGCAUGGUACCUUUUUGCAGGGAUGUGUUGUUUAUCACACGUUGUUUGGAAAAAUGCCGGAUCGGGACGUGGUAAUUCGACGUGACAUGGGAUCAUUAUGGGCCACGGCUCGAAUGAUGCAACACUCCUGGGAACCGCCGAACCCUAUGCUUCACGAAAGGGACGCAACUUAUCUGUAUGAUGUUGCCGAACGCGUCAUGAACGGUCAUGUUCCGGAGACUUACAUUGAGUACAAUCGGGGAGAAGUUGCUGAUACUGGCGAUGAUUCCUGACUGUAUGUUGCUGCCGGAAUAUAGCUCCGCGCCAGCCUAGUACAGGAAUCUGGCAAUCAUCCGUGUUAUGCAAUUGCGUGUGAGUGUAAAUUUAACUCAUUUAGAUUGAUUGUUGAGUG